GAUUCUAUUUAAUCCACCAGUGUGUCCCGAACCAUUUCCAGUACAGCGCGAAUUGUUAGCACGAGUAGAUUAGUUGGUAAGAGUGGUUUUGGUUGGGUUAAAAAUUCUUCAAAAACAGUUAAACACAGUGUGCAUUUCUAUCGCAGAUCAAUUCACUGCAAGCCAUGCAGUCACCACCGGAAAAAGCAAAAUCAAUUUUUGAAUUUACCGUCACCGAUCUGAACGGUAAUGAGGUUUCGCUCGACCGCUACCAGGGAUCGGUGUGCCUGAUCGUGAACUUCUCUACCAAGGAUGCCACCUUCGAGAAGGUGUUGAGUCUUCUCACGCCUCUGUUGCGAAAGUAUCACAACGACACCCGAAAAGAUUUGAACGUCCUCUUCUUCCCAUGCUUCCAAUUCGGCUCCAAAGAAUCGCCGGACGAAAUCGUACAGCGCUUCGAGAGCAGCACCGAUAGCAGCGGUAUGAUCGGUGAGAUUUUCACCGAGAUUGAGGUGAACGGUUCGAGCCCCGGACUGUACAAGUAUCUGAAGGAAAAACCAGGCAACUGCGGAGGAUUUAUCAACAGCAACUUUACCAUCUUUCUUACCGACCGCCAAGGCGUACCGGUGGAAAGGUUAAAUGCUGGAAUUCAUCCUUACACGCUCGAGGACAUGGUCGAGAAUUUGUUACGCUAAACUGUACUGCUAACCGUGUUACUAGAAAUAAAGCAUAGAACAAAUCCAGCUGCCAGCUGCGGGCUGUUUGACUUUGUGUUA